CCCCGCGCACGCCGGGGCAGCAAGCGCCGCUUCGCCCCUCGCAGCCCGCCGGCGCCGGGAGGAGGGCGCCGGCCCGCCCCGUUGCGGCGCCGGGAUCUGCCGGCCGAGGCCGGCCGGGCUCCGAGCGGGGGAGGCACCGCGGGCCCCACCUGCCCUCCCCACAGAGCUCGGCGCGGGCGCCGGGCCCCGUCCCGCUCCGCGGGUGCCGGCGGCUGUGAAGGGCCAGGGCCGUGUCCGCCCCCCUCGCCCUGCUGCCCUCCCCCGGGCGGGCUGCGGAGGCCACCCGCGCCCUCGGGGCCUGGCUCCGCGCCCCAGAAACGGGGCCCCUCCGCUGUGCCGGCAGCCUCCGCGGCGGCGUCCGGGAGGGGGAUGGGGGGGGGCGACGUUUUGCCUCCGCCCGUCGCUGGGGCUGAAAACGCCUCUCCGGCGGCUGCGGGGGCGUCGGGUCUGCGUGAAAGGACCAAAGCUGUGGAACGACGGGCAGCCAGCUCUUAAUCUCCUGCUUAAAGAGUCCUGCGGCUCUUCAGUGUGCUUUCUGGGGUUUAAAGUGUUAUGUCUUUCUAAAAAAAUCCCUUAAUUCAUCAUCCAACUCUCUGAAGGCAUCUUAUGAAGACUGGCUGCUGACAUACGGCUUGAGCGUCUCACCUUUUCACAUGCGAUGGCAAACAGCUCUUUUCAACCGCCAGUUCUACAGCUGGGGGAGGUGGAAACCCAGAUUUCUGCAUUUAUGGUUCAGCAUAGGAAUGGUGUUUGGUAUAGUUGCCAUGUUUGGCUCCGUUAUUCUUCUCGGAAAGACGCUGAUGCAAACUCUGACACAGAUGCUUACCGAGGCACCGAAAGCCCAGAAUGAUCGUAUGCUGCAAGUUGUAGUGCCUGGUGUAAAUUUGCCAGUCAGCCAGCUGACCUAUUUCUUCUCUGCAAUCCUCAUCAGUGGUGUGAUACACGAAGUCGGCCAUGGGGUGGCAGCUAUUCGAGAACAAGUACGAUUUAAUGGAUUUGGGAUUUUUAUCUUCAUUGUCUAUCCUGGAGCAUUUGUUGACCUCUUCACAACUCACUUGCAAUUGAUAUCUCCAGUCCAGCAAUUACGGAUAUUUUGUGCAGGAGUGUGGCAUAAUUUUGUUCUUGGUGUUGCAAGUUUCAUGGUUUUAUUUCUGCUGCCAGCCAUUCUUUUCCCUUUCUAUUACACGGGUGUUGGGGCACUUGUCACUGAGGUUGCAGAGGAUUCUCCUGCCAAUGGACCAAGAGGUCUUUUUGUGGGAGACCUUGUCACUAACCUACAAGACUGCCCAGUUUAUAGUGUAGAAGACUGGAAUUCCUGUCUGGGAGACAUUUCAGAGAAGUCACAGGUCGGCUACUGCGUAAGUGCAGCGACCCUACAGCAGUUAAGCUUUCCAGCUAGAGUCUAUAGAAGACUCGACGGCACAGUUGAAUGUUGUAGUAACAGCAGCCUCACAGACAUUUGCUUUUCAUAUAGCAGUAACUCGGACAGCCACCUGUAUGCCUGUCUGCCAGCACGAAAAGUUAUUGAGGCCAGCAAAGUUUGUCGAACCAACAUGGACUGCCAGAAGGACUUUGUUCCAAGCUUUUGUGUGACUCCUUCUUUAGAGAACCAAACAAGGCUAAUCAGGGUAAAACAUCCACCCCAUAUUGACAUGCUGUAUGUAGGACACCCCAUGCAUCUUCAGUACACAGUAAGUCUCAGCAGUUUUGUACCACGACAAAACUUUCUAAGCAUCGAUCUGCCUGUGGUGAUAGAGACAUUUUGCAAGUACCUAAUUUCACUGUCGGGAGCACUGGCAGUCAUCAAUGCUGUACCCUGCUUUGCUUUGGAUGGUCAGUGGAUAUUAAACUCAUUCCUGGAAGCCACUCUUAGCUCCCUGAUUGUAGAAAAACAAAACAGAGAGCUUGUUGGCUUUUUAGUUUUGCUUUGUGGUAGUGCACUUUUGGCUGCCAACGUUGCACUGGGACUUUGGAUGGUGACAGCACGAUAGAACAUUGGAUAUGCUUCCAUCGGUUCUGAAAGUACACAGAAAUAAUUAAUCCAUUGCCAUUUCAAACUUUUUCAGUACUGAGAUUGAAAUAAUUCCCUUAAAGUGACACUGAAAGAACAAUCACUGGUGGCUGCUGUUAUAAUUUAAAACUGUACAACAUUGUGCCCGUAGUAAUGGGAAAUCUAAUAGAAAGAAGUAGGAACCUUUUUAUAUACUCUUUAAGCACUAUACUAAUUUUGGAGAAAUUGUAUUGUAAAGCUUCACAGGAAAAAGCCUAAGAUUUCAUUAAUUUAGAUCUCAAAAUAAGGGAAUUAUUUAACCUCAAACAUUUGUAAAGUGGGAGAAAAAACCACUUAGGUUUUAUUUUAUAAUUUGAAUAAUUGUCAGAAAAUCUGUGUGGUCUCUGAUUAUUUCUCAGUCAGCAUAGUCUUGAGUGUCUUGUUUUGUUUUUUUAAUCUGGUAUUCGACCAAACUGGACUCUAAGAAGCCCUAAAGUCUGAUCUUAAAAUGGUGAAAAGCUAAGUAAACGCUUACCAUGUGUUAAUGAGGAGAGAGAGGCCAUAUGGGUUAGUAUCUUUGCUUUUCAGCUGGCCAAAAUGACUGGAAGCAUGUUGUCCUCAGGAUGGAAAUGAGAAGUGCCAAAGUCUGUUAAGAGUGAGGCAUGUGGGAGGAUAACAAAGCCCACAUGUCUGUGUUUCUUACACAUUCAGUUGUAUAGUAUCAUGACAGCUGAAGAUUUUUUAAAGGCAAUAUUUGUCAGCAAUAGCUACAAGAUAACUGAAAUUUAGUUUCUGAGUGCUGAAGUAUGCUGUGCGCAGUUAUUCCUAAGUGAUAAGUAACAUUUGUGUUGUUUUACUCAGAAAAUAAUACUGUGUUAUACCUGUUUACAGUUAAAAGUGAAACCUGUUGUUUUUAUGGUGUCUAUCUUCUGAUGCUAUGCAUGUAAUAUGUACAGUAAUUCACUGGUGGUUUUCUGUAUUUCAGAGUGUUGUUUUCCAUUGCUAGGGUUCAUUCUGUUCAAAGGUAGCUAACAAUGACGUUUAGCUGUAGCUGGUCUUGGAUCAGAAUUGUUUAGAGGAAGAAUAUGAUUGUGAAUUGAACUAUUUAAACUUUGCUUUCUGAAAUGAAUACAGAUCAUAUCCUUGUUCUGAAGUGAACAGUGGAAGAACAGUCAGUGUUUUGCUGGCUGAAGUAUGUCUGACAUACUUUGAAGCUCUUUAAGUCUGUAAUAUUUUGUGCCCAAUAGGAUUACAUAUUGACUGUCAUGUCCUCCUGUGAUAUAUUGCCUUGUUUAUAGAAAUUGGGUUCAGUCAGAGCCUUGCCUCAAUAUGGGCUGAUAUUUUAAAAAAAUAAAAAAAUAAUCUCUAGUUUGGGAGCUUAAAUAUUUGAAAUAAGAAAAUUUUGAAGAACACCCUGCAACUUCUGGCUCAUACAGUGCUCCCCAUAGGAGCUGCUGCAGCUCAGAGUUCCUUUACAGCAACGGCCUUUCCAUCAGGAACUGAAGUGGAAGCUAAGCUCACAGAUACUGGGGUUCAGGGAGUACUGAAGCAUUCAUGACCAGCUAACAUAGAUUCUCUUGGCACUAGAGGUAAAAGCUUGGGUAAUUUUAAAAGCGGGGUUGAGCCCAAUGCCUGGCACUACUGCAUGGAUGUGUAACUAUGAUGUUUGCAUUUACCCACUGGUGUGUUACUGUAUUUUUGCACAGUAGCCUUCACACUUACUUAAGAUGUAUUCUUUUCUUCAGGUGAUGCCAGCAGUAAUGAGAGAGCAUGUUUGUUUAUUUGUUGUUUUGUUAGUUUACUUACCUCCCCAGCGCUGUCACAGGCUGGGUGGGCCUCUUGAAGUUCACCUCUGUGGGGUGGCAGGCCUGUGCCUCUCAUUUUCGACUAUUUCAACCCAGGCAUGUUGGCACAGAUCCUGGUAAGAGACAUUAAAUCCUCCAGUCAAUCCAGCAUGAGUCGGUCCCUUUGGGGACUGUUAAAAGUCACAAAAAGUGCAAGAAAGGAAAAACAACCUAUCAUAAACUACCAGCAGGCUUCUGUUUCUUCAGGAAAGUCUAACUCAUUAUCACCCCUGGAAACGUAUAGAGGUUUCAGGGAAGCAGUUCUCACGGGCCACUCUGCCAUCUCUCUGUGGACAGGAAGGGUAGGAGCAGCCUGGUUCUUGCACAAAGCCUGGCUCUGAAGCCAUGCUUCAGAAGCCUGCUCACUCAUCAAAGUGGGUGCUUACUAAUCUGAGCUCUUCCUUUCAGUGGUUCUGUGCCACUUUCCUCUGUCUCUGUGUCUUGUCCAAUCUACAGUGCACAAAAUAAAUUUGCACUUACGAGCUUUAAUGCCAUUUUGUAAGACAGGAUAUUUACUUUUCAAAAUGGGUACUGUUUAUGUAUCAGAGUUGCAGUGCUGUCUUGUUAUCUACAGCAAAACAAAUGCAUCUAUGGUGAUUUCAAAAAUAUUAUGUGAAAAACAUUUCAAUUUUGAAACUUUAUAUAUUCAUGUUGACUACAACUGCUUGGGACAAUCUUUUCGCAUAGUACCCUUCCUGGAGACGUAGGCAAGAGAUUAAAAAAACAGACUUUCUGAUUUAACAUACAGAAAUUACAUCUGCUAUAAUGAGGCCGGCAGGUUGUUCCUGGUUAUUUAAUGUGCUACCAAAACAUGAUGUUUUAUCAGAGGAAAAUAAACCCAGUUUAUUUUACUUUACACAGUCACUGAAAGCCACAGUUAUAUGAAGUAGAACUUCAGUCUGUGUUUGACCUCAUAAUCAAAAAGAGGGUGGAGAAGAUACUGGUCAUGGUUUUAGCAAAACAGACACUAGUACACUGUAAAAACCUUGAUUAUCUUCUAUGAGAGAGAUAGUACUAGAAGUGUUUAAAAAUAAUUCAUGGGUCCUUUUCUCCAUGUGCUGGAAUUCUACUGAGGAAGAGUUGAUUUAGUUACGUACAGGUGCUUUGAAUCAAGACUUUAAGCAAACUGGGUAUGAAUGGUGACCCAGUACAUCUUAGAUUACCUGUGGGCAAAGGUAAUAGUUAGGUUGGACCACUCUCUGGAGAAAAAGUUGUUCAGUGGAUCCAUUUCAUUGUUCUAUAAUCCUAACAUAUGGAUUACAUUCUGAUAAGCAAGUGCCAUACAUACAGUUAUUGAGAGGGGUUUUGGUGGGGUUUUGUUCGAUUGUUUAGUGAGAGAGAACACAGAAGGACACAAUGUUUUUUGUGUGUUGGAUUUUUACCCUGGACUAUUUGCAAUGUUUCUUCUGUUUUUGUAAAAAUUGAAAGGAAGCCUUUCCUUAAAAUGAAAUCUUUCCACUUCUCAUUCUAAUUAGCCCCUCAGAACGUAACGUAUUCUUUAAUACAGAAUCCAUCAAUACUAUUAUUGGGCGUAUUGACUGGAGUGUAAAACAGAACACUCCUAAAGAUAGGGUACAUACUACUUUUUAUGUAUAUACUAUGCUUUUUAAAUCUGUAUCAGAUGGAAAAAGUAAUGUCUAACAUUGGGAAGUGUUAUACUGUUUCAAGUAGCUUUUACUUGAAAAUUGCCAGAUGAAUUCCAUAAGUGUAAUCGGUUGAUGAACUGAUUUGUUUUUUAUGAGAAUUUUUCUAUAUCAGCAAAGACUUCCAUGGCACGUUCUGAUAAUGCAUGAUAAGACAUGAAAAUGGCUAACUUCAUAGCAUGUGGGAAGUUACAUGCUCUUUGCUAAUUUAGGAAAUUAAAACCAGCUUGCUUCCAUACAAGUUAAAUGAAAGAGACUUCAUUAGAAAAAGAAUGGGCAAACUUUCAGAUUAGUCAGCCCAAAUUUAUGAACCACAAUGGCAAGUCUUUUAACUCAUCCUUUUUAUUUAGAAUGAAACAACCAACUGCAUCGACAGUUAUAUUUUUCAGUGAUGAUGACUCAGCAUUUGGGGGGGGGGGUGUAUACGUGUAUACAUACAUAUAACAGAUACAUAUGCAGCCACUGUCUGUAUUGCUGCUUUUUUAGGGAUAACUUAGAGCAGUCCUCCAUACACUGCAAUGUAGCCUUUUUUAUUUUUUCUUUCUUUCUAUGAAUUCUGUGGCUUUCUCUGCAUUUUAAAAUUGCAGCUAUGUUUUUCUCCCGUAACUGAUCUAAUUUCUUUGUUAACAGAAGACAAGUGAUGGACAUAAUGUAACCACAGCUGCAUGAAUUUUGUUCAGCUGAUGUUUAAAAUAUGUUUCUUGCUUUCUGUGAGGCCUCAGCUACAAACAGAUUUUUCAGGGUGACCUUAGAAUCCAUCACUCUAAAUGCUGCUAUUUGUGCUUUUCUGAAUCAUAACUGGGAUGACCAAGACUGCGUAGAGUAUACUGAAGAAAUAAUGUUUUCAGGACAGACCUCCACAUGGCAGUCAGAGUGUUUCAGCUUUCUUGAUACAGGCAUAUAUUUUUGUUCGGUUUAGAACAUCAACAGUCCAAGUUUUCCCAAUAGUUUCCUAUAAAUUUUACAUGAUGGCAAAAGGUGACCUGUAGCAAAUAAUUUUAAAAACAAAUUCUGUGUGUCUUCUAUCUGAAAGAUCUGAAUUUUUAUCUGGAUAUCAUUUAUGACAGAUGAAGAAGGAUUAUAAAGGGUUAUGUAGCCUAGUUAUUUGUAAAAUACGCACUCUGCACACCUGCAUUCAGACCAGUUCUCACAACCAGUCUUGCCUCAGCUUUGUUCUUGUGACCUUGUGAGUAAGGAAGCUGAAUCUAACUCAGGUAAGAUCCAAUAUUAGCAGUUAUUUUAUACUCUCUUUAUCCUGAUUUUCACGUAACACUAUAUAUAGGUUAGUUAUUUAAUGUGGCUGAGUUAUCUGGGGUACGUAUCCUGUAUUAAUGCAGCAUUUGGGAAGCAUUGUGCUAGGGACUGCCAGAAAGUGGCAGCUCAGUGACUCUUGGUCCGUCGACUCAUCCACUAUGAUCAUGUGAAGAGCAGAUGGCAGCAACUCAGGGCAGCGAAGGACCUCGGUUAUGGCAGCUUUAUGAAAUCUUCACACUGCUGACCCAGUGUGAAAGGAGAGGAACAAAGAGCAGGAUAUGACACUGCAAUUCCAUUCAUUCCAUUUACAUUGGCUUGAAAUGUGAAAAGAACUUGCAGUGAACAUUUCAGAGCAUGCAGAUGUGUUUUCCAGCCCUUCGCUGAAUCGUUCAGGGACUGGUGAUCAAACUGUUUUCUUUUUUCACUUUGUCAUUCCACGUGCUCAGUAAGCGGUGUGGGUACUUUUAGCUUAUUCAGUAAAACGGACAUGGAUAUUUCUCACCUCUAGAUGUUCACCUUGGGUUGAUUUUUGCAGCACCAUAGUGUAAUUGACCUUCACUUGAUACUAGUCUGAAAGUUUGGAAGCUAUUUCCAGGCCGUCACUGGAGAAAUCCAGUUUCUUCCUUCCCAAGUUGGUUGUUAAUAUUCUAAAUUCCUCCUCUCCUUAUACAACUUUGCUUUUAGAUUUCAUAUGCUCAGAUGAUCUUAUCUGAAGCCUGUCAAUGGAAUAUGUAUUGUUUUGAAAUUCACUGUGGGGUUUUUUCCUCUACAUGGUCUUAUUUUUCACACUGACUCACAGCUGUGGAAUGUUAGAUUUCUAGACCCUUUGUUCCCACUAUGCAUUGUUCAUGAUCAUGGUUUUAAAAAAAAAAAAAAAAAAAGAAAAGAAAAGAAAAAAGCUUCAUUUUUAAAAUGUCAGCUAACAAAUAUAUGGAACACUUUGAAUAAUGUAUUGUGUUUUUGUUUUGCCUUUUUUCUCUGUUUAAUCAACCAAACAAUAACUAUUGUUUUCUAUGUAUGAUAAAUGUAUCCUGGAAAUAAAUUCAUUGUUUGAUUGUUAA